CUGACUGUGGCAGUGAGCGGAGCGGACUGAAAGUGAACGGAGCGGCUCCUGGGUCUCUCACGUCCUGAAAUGCGCUCAGAGCUCAACACCGAGUCCGUCCGCCGUCCUCACAACAUCUCAUCCCCUUAAUGCGGCGCCGGAGGCUUCUGGAAGAGACACUUUCUAAUCCAGGAACCCCUGAAUGCUGAAUUUCCUCUCUCCGGACACUCAGUCCUCGCUUUCUGUGCUCUGGGUUUGUGCACAGACUCCCUCUCUGCUGCAGCACAGAAACCCACCUCACCUCUACAGAAGAGAGGAAGAGUGGAGGGAUUGGAGAGAGUGUGGCAUAUUCAAGGCGAGGCCGACCUGGCUAAUCAUCCGAGGUGUCAAGCUGGUACCUGUCCGAUGUCCUCUCCUCCCACAGUGUGAUGUGUCAUGGCUCCGGUGCUGAGUGGAGUGUGGUGGGGGCCGGAGGCCGGUGUGGUCGGGUCGGAGACGGCAGCCGCUCCUGGCGUGGCGUCGUGGCUGGGUAGCGGGCAGCUGGUCCUGGUUGUCACCCUCAGUGUCCUCACUGCUCUGCUGCUGGUCUCUGUGCUGCUGCUGCUGUGUGCCAGCUGCCAGGGGCAGAAGAAAACAGUGAAUGGACAUCCAGCAGGAGACCAUGAGAACCUCAUGAAUGGGGUGUCAGAGAGAGAGACCAUCAGCCAAUCAGCAGACAGUCCAGUGACUGACGUGGCAAUCAGCAGCUCUCACAAUGGUCCUCUCACCAGCGGUACAAUCCUCACAGACACACAGGACACCAGUCCCCAGUUAUCAGAGGAGAUGCUCUCCAGCCAAUCAGAGCUCAGGUCCUCCAAGUGUCCUCAGGACCGCGAGCUUCCCAGCAUCCCUCCCAACAACGCCCUCAUCGGGGACGGACCCCCAGCCUCGGGGGACAGCACCUAUGAGGUGGUGAAGGAGAUGGCGGUGGCGUCCCGUGACGUCAGCGUCGAAGACUCUCUGUACGAGACGGUCAAAGAGCUCAAAGACCCCCCCGUGAAGCUCGGCCUCCCCAACGGUACCGUCCAGCUGAGCCCCGACGAACCUCCGCCUCACCUUCCCGCCCUCCUCAACGGCCACCUCAGCCCCUGCACACCUGAGCGAGGGCCCCUGUGCGCCGGGGUGGAGUACGCUUCAGUCGACCUGAACAAGAAGAGCCGCCACAGCGUCGACAUGGAGGCCAAACGGCGCUCCGAUAACGCCGCUGUUCCCACACACAAGCCCCUGGAGGAACCGGAGGAGGAUUUACCUCCGCCGGUACCGGAGAAGGUUCUGGAUGAAAACGACAACCAGCCAGUGGUGAUGAAUGGGCUGGUGGGGGCUGGGCUGCACAACGGAGAGUUACACUCCCCUCUGUCUCCUGCACCGGGGUUCGACAACGAUGUUCUGUCAGACAAUGAGUCGGCAGUGUACUCUACAGUCAACAAAACAAACUGUGAUGAUGCUGUUAAUGAGGAAGACAAAGAGCACGACUACAGCAGCAUCGCGGAGAUCAAAGGUCUGGUCCCGGCCUCCUCCUCCAGCGACCUCUACGCUACAGUCCGAGACAUCUACACCCAACCCGACGAGUCCCAGUCAGGCGGGGAAGACCCCAUCCUGGACAGCACAGAUCCCGGCUACGAAACCAUCCGCAUCCCAAAGACUAGCAGCUCGGAUGACGACCACAGGGCGGGUCCGGGGGCCGAGGGCUCAGACGUUGCCAAAGCAGAGCCUGAUUACGAGAGCGUUGGAGAGUUGGGUCUGAGCCGGGAAACCUCCCGCCUUUGAGUUUUUCAUCAUCUACACCUGUGGCAACGCUUCCCCGGCCAGUGCAUCUUACAGGCAUCACUGUAGUGCUUUAAACUUGCUCUCAAGCAUGCUUUUGGCGCAUGACUUGAGGGAAAAAACAGUAGAAAAUGGCACACCAGAGCAUCCAUCAUCAAUGCAUGAGCGUCCUCAUUACAGCCUGGGUACGGUUUAUCAUAUCUGAUUAAUUUAUCAAACAAGGUGAAUGUCAUUGGUACUGGUAGGCCAUAACAACACUUGAUUGAAAAAAAAAAUCUAAUAAAUGAAUUGUCAAAAUAAAUAUCAAAUCUCAAAACUCCAUUUUAAAGGUUAGCUGAGGACGCGAUCAAUGCCUGUCAUUUAAAAAAACAAACACAUACCAAGAAUUCAGUGCCAUAUGCUCAUGCAUUUCAUGCACUUACUGUACAUGUGAAGGUAAUAUUAUUUAUACGUCCCCUCUGCAGCUGCUAGUCUCUCCAGCUUUUUCCAGGUGACUCAGUGUUAUGUUUUAUUGAGGUGUCAGAUGAUGUAUUUCGAGGCCGUUCCUUGUCAGGGUUGGCAGCACCUCCACUGUGCAUUCUCUGCUAGAAAUUCCUGUGAAAAGUGUUCUUGGCACGAAAAGAAAAAAGCCAAUCUGAUCUGUGCUUAGCAGAAACAAAGGUAGCAUUUGAUAGAUAAAACAAACAGACUGCUGCAUACAUGUCCUUUUGCAAAUGUAUGGGCUUUAACAUGUUACAGGGUCAAACUAUUCAUCUGCAGAUUUGCAUUAUGGAAGCAUUUUUCGAGGUUUUACAGUCCAUGUCAAUGAUUUUUGUGAAAUUCAUAUUUAUUUGAAGAUGCAUAUUGUUAUGUAAUUGUGAAAUGUUGCAGAGUGUGUUUGUGAGAGAAACGUAACUAGGCUUUUAUAGAAGUUUCUAGUGGUUUUAUUGAGAUGAAAUGAAAAUGAGUUGUGAGGAUAACAGCAAUUAGGUACGCUUCCCCUUUGACUAUUUAAAGAAUUCCCUGUUUAAAAAAAGAAGGUUGUUUUUGUCAUUUUGCACACAGGUCGAAACCAAUUCAGACUUACAACGUGAUAAAAUGACAUGAUAAAUUUGUAGUAUUGUAUAUUUUUGGUUACCAUGUUUUUGUUGAGUCUAACCUUGGUACAGUCUUCAUCUGGCAUUAAAGCACAGUGUUUAAUAUGACGGUACUGCAUUUAUACACAGGUUAUGAAAAGCAUCAUUACAAGCCAGUUACAUUUAUGCACAAUUUGAACAUCUUAUGCUUUUUAGAAGAGAAAAAAAAAACAUAUCUGUCUGUUUGUAGCUUGUACUGACGACAUGCCAACCAAGGCCUGUAUAUAGUUAGAGCACUAUUUUAACCAGUUGUUACUCAGUGGAAAUUUUAUGUAUUUGUACAAAUGUCCAGAGUGGUAUAAUUUUAAAAGAGCACUGAUGUAUGUAUGAUUUGCUUUAAGGGAAACCCAGUGUGUCCAAUGUUUUUUUUUUUUUUUUUAAAUUUCAUUUCAGUUCUGACAAGUAGUAACCAAGCAGAUGUCAGACAUAUGGUACAACUCUUUUGGUACAUAGCAUUUGAAGAACAGUGUGGUACUUUUAUUAAAAAAAAUAUAUACGUCUGAAUACUGUUGAUUGAUUUUCCAAUUGAAUAGGGCCUGUGCUUUUGUGCUGUAAAUAUAUUUUUCAUUGCUACAGUAUGUACUUCCUCCCUCAUUCGCCAAAAAAAUUGGUGUCAUCUAUUUCCACCCACGUCAAAAAUAUUACAGCUUUACAGUAUCUCAAGCCUUAGUUCAUGUUUUAUUAGACAUGCUGGAGCUUGUUGCAGACAAACACAGCCAGUCCGCUCUGACUGGUAGUGGAUUCAUAAAUGAUAGACAUUUGAAAUGCUGUUGUAUCUCUCAGCAUUGCUACACUGAAAGAGGAUUUUAAAUGAAAUCUCUGUGUUUUAGAUGAGGGGAGAAAACAAUUCUGGCUCAUUUCUGCAAAGAGUUAAUUAUCAAUGUUCAUUUAAAAAAAAUUGCCAAAAGAACAUGAGCAUUUGAAUGCAUUGUCAAGUGACACAACUGCAUAUCAGUGUGGUACCAUCAGAUACAUAUAAUAGUGUUCACAGAGUGCUAUAAAUGACCUCUAAGGAAAUGAUCUGCCAAACGGGGAUGUUUUAGUGCCAAAUCUAAUCAGGACAACACACACGGACACAGUUAAUAGAUACUUAGCUAAAAUCACUUAUUCUCUCUAGCUGUCCAUGUCGGUCAUAUAAACACACACACACACACACACAUUCCUCUCAAGGGAAUGGGGGUGUGGUAGGGGUCCGGAGAAGCUCCCUCGCUGCUCAGCUCCUCCCCUAAUGAGACCAUUUGUUCCCUGUAACAACCAGCAGACGACUCGAUGGUGACACCCGCCUUUGAUCAAAGGGCAAAGCCUGUUUUGGCAGUUAUGGCCACAUCUGUCACUCCACUCUGUCCGGUUUCCAUUCUCUGCAUGUAAAUAUUUUAUGACAUGAAUUGUUCUAUUAAAAUAUAAAUAUAAUAAAUUGUA